CUCGGCGCAGUAGUGCGGGGGAGGGAGGUGUGUGUGUGUGUGUGAGAGUGGUAAACUAGGUGAGGAGACGGGGAGCUAAACAUAGGUGGUGCCACGGUAGGGAGGGGGUGUCGUGUGGUAGCGGUAGCUAGGAGCUGGGUCAUCAGGUGGGGAGGAGCUGGGUUGAGGGGGGUGUUGGGAGGGAGGUAUAUGCAGGUGGUGGGUAGCGAAGGGAGCGCAGGUGGAAACGUGAUUAUCCGUGGAGUCGUGACACUGGCAGCGUCUUGAAUGUUAGGGGCCGGACCCUUGGGGCGGCCCUUCAGGAGUCUUCGCUUGAGUUCAUAUCAUGCACUGCACGACCACAUGUAUUAAAUACUGUAUGUAUGCUGCCAAUUUGCCGAUGGUUUGGGCCUUUGGGGCGUGGAUUCCAUGUGGAUCGCACGGCGACUGGCUGCAUUGCAAACUCGCGACUGUAAACAGACCCUGAGAUAAUAAGGAUAUGUAUACCUUCUCUUUCUUUGUAAAGCAUUUGAAAUGAUCUGCUGGACAAGCCUUCUCUAGCAUUUCCUUAAGAAGUGCAAUUCUCCCAGGCUAGUGUUUUCUUUUUCCAGAAGUGAUUUCUUUACCAAGAAAUGGAAGCUGCAUUAAUUGCAAGGCUUGAAAAGGCGGUGGAGCGCCUCGAGAAGCUCGAGGUGAAUGUGGCAUCCAAGCCUGCAGCAUCGGCACCUUCGGGUGUCCCAGCACCUGCCGCGCCUUCCGCAUCCACGCCAGCACCGGCAGCGGUCGGCGCAGCAUCCGCGUUGGCCGACUGGGAUAGCCUGAUGUCGGCGCACUUUGGCCCCGUGAAGGCCUUGGUGCCGCACCUGCCUCAGGAGGCACAGCAAAGCAUGCAAAGUUUUGAGCGGGCCUUCCAGGCGACCCGGAGGGUGUUAGAGGUAGCAGCAGUUGCCAAGAAGCCCGAGGGCCCCUCGGAGCUGCAGCAGCUGCUGGCCCCCGUGGCGGAGGCGAUGGGGGAGGUGGCGGCAGCAGCGGAGGCGAGGAGAGUCAGCUGCCCGCACCACCUCAAGGUGCUGUCGGAGUCCGCGGGGGCUCUCAACUUCCUGGCGUACAGCGGGCCGGGGUGCGGUCUGAGCCUGCCCCGGCAGCAGGUUGUUGACAGCUGGCAAGCCGCGGAGUUCUUCGCCAACAAGGUGCUCAUGGAGGCGCGGGGGCGGGACGAGAACCAGGUGGCGUGGGUGCGAGGAAUGAAGUCCUUCAUGCAGCAGCUGGAGCAGCUGGUUUCCCGCCACUGCGCCACAGGUCUGCGGUUCGACCCCGCCGGACUGCCGCUGCAAACCGCUCUCCUCGCCGGGCCUGCCAACGGGCCGGCACCGGCUGCUGCUGCUGCUGCACCUGCAGCACCUGCGGCGCCGGCUCCCCGCAAGGGCGCCCCCCCGCCGCCCCCUCCCCCCGGUCCGCCCCCCAAGCCCCUCACCGCGGAGGAGCUGGGGCUGGCGGGUCCGGGGAGCAGGUCAGGCGGGGGAGCAGCAGCAGGAGGAGGAGGAGGAGGAGGUGACAUGUCCGCCCUAUUCAAGGAGCUGUCAAAGGGCGAGGGCAUCACGUCGGGUCUGCGCCGCGUGACGGCCGACAUGAAGGCCAAGAACCGGCCCGACAGGUCGGGAGCAGUGCCCGGAACCACCGCCGCCACUGCCGCCCCCGCCUCCACCUCCUCCGGCGGUGCAGGGGGCCGAGGGGGCCAGCAGCAGCCCACAGGAACACCCAAACUUGAGCUGCAGGGCAGCAAGUGGGUUGUUGAGCACCACGUGGGGCGGGGGGACCUGCAGCUGACCAACGAGGCGCCCAAGAACUCCGUGUACGUGUACGGCUGCAGGGACUGCGUGCUGCAGAUCCACGGCAAGGUGAACGCCAUCUCGCUGGACAAGUGCGUGCGGGUGGGGGUUGUGUUUGGAGAGGUGAUUGCGGUGGCGGAGGCGGUCAACUGCACCAGCGUGCAGCUGCAGGUGACGGGCAGUGUGCCCACUCUAAGCAUUGAGAAGACCGACGGCGCGCAGCUCUUCGUCAGCCGCCGCUGCGCUGCCGACCCCAACUUCCAGGUGGUCACCGCCAAGUGCUCUGCGGUCAAUGUGGUCGUGAUACCCGGGGGCGGUGGCGAGGAGGGGGCGGGUGGGCAGCCCGAGGAGGCGGAGCCGGAGGACCCGCGGGAGCAUGCAGUGCCCGAGCAGUUCAUCUCCACCUUCCAAGGGGGCAAGCUAGUGACGGUGGCCGCGGCCCACAGCGGAGCCUAGGAGGCAGGGAGAUGAAGACAAGAGGCAGGGAGGGACGGGGGGGUGAAGAGGGUGCUCGAGGGGCCGCGCGAGCUGAGGGAGGGGGAAGAUGAAGACAGGAAACUGGCAAGCUGCAUUGGACCCGGCUGAGGGAAUUCAAAAAGCCCUCGAGGGGCCGCGAGAUCUGAGGGCGGCAGGGUUUCGGAGGUGGUCACAUGCAAGGGGUUGUGGCCAACCCGGUCGUGUUUUGGGCUUGUUUUGGGGUGUGCACGAUAGAUCGCACGCGAGCGCGCGUUACAACAGCAGGGCAGAGGGGUCAGCGGGUCUUCCAUUGGGGUCAAGAGUCCAAUCAAGGACGCGGUGUGAUGAUCAAUGCCGUUCCGUUGUGAUGUGAGCGGGGCUGAGGGGUGGUGGUGUUACGUUGGGGACAGCGGUGAGCUUUUUGGCGGUGUAGGCGCGCUUGAAGGAAAGCAGGGGGCGGCGGGCGGGGCACUUAGGAGGGUCUGGUAGGAGGAGUCGGCUCCAAGUUGGGAGGGACACUCGAACGCGACUUCUUCUGCAGAUGCUGCAUGUGGCUGCUGAUGGAGGCGGCUGUGGCAUGGUGGUACGGAACCCGGAAUGAGUGUCGUACAUGCGUCAUUGCUUUUAGCCUUGCUGUUGCACUUGGAACGGUUCGGAAUGCAUGCUGGAUCUUAUACUGGUGGUUCUCCCCAUGCUAUUUGGAACGCUCGAACGUUGGGGAUUCCAUAAAGUCAAUCGUACCUUUGUAAUUGCACCAUACUUG